ACUGCUCCGUUGGCUGUGUCAAGGUGGGUGCCACGACUCAGCAGUCCUGCGACUUUGGAGGCGUGGAUCGAACUCUUUACUGGCAGUCCCUUUUCCUCGCGCCAUUGGCUUUGUGAUCAUCUGUUAGCUUCGUUAGCUCCAACUCACCGCUCCACAACUGGUGCCAUCCUCGCAGCACGAACAGUAGAUCGUUUGAGUUACGCAAGCCACGACGAUCCGACUCCCACAUCUGGCCCAUCUGUGGAGCUUAGAGUCUAACUUACAACUGCGACCACCAUGCUGAAUCAUAGUUAUUAUGCCUGGCUGAGCUUGCAUCGCACUCUGCUCGCCCUCGCACUACUGCAGCAUCUUGGCAGAGACCGAAAAAGUGCGCCCUGCGUUGCACACAUGUCAUGUCAGGGGUUAGCGGUGCACACCACGUCCAGAGCGGCGGCACAGAACUCACAGAAACCGAUCCCAUGGAUUCAAGUCUGUGCUCUGUCCAAACAGCGAAACCUUACUUGUAGACUACCACUCCGAUCGGAUUGUCAGGUCGUUGUCGCUUGAUGAAAUACGGCAAAAUAGAAAGUAAAAACAAGGAGUUAUAUUGUUCCAUAUACUACA